AUGUUCACCAAAUCUCUCACUAUGAUUCUUCCACUGCUCUACAGUAGUGCAACCAGCACACAUCCUUCACCACCGGUCAAAUCUAUCGAAGCGCGCCAACCUGGCCUGAGAACGCUCUUCGGCCCCCUUACUCAGCCUCAAGUCCCAUUGUCCAACGUAGCUCUCACGCUCCUCAACGCCCAAGACGAAGUCUUCGACAUCUCUUCGACUAGCAUCUUCGGCAGUUUAAAUGACGGUAACAAUUGCACAGAAUUGCUAGAUGCUCCUGCAACUGCUACGGGACAUAAAGGUCAAACAGUUGUGUUUGGGCCUGUCAAUACACCUGCAAUUGCUUCUAUCACGAAUAUCUCUCUCACAAUGAUCAAAUUCCAGGACGGGGUUUUCAACAUCAGCUCUGUCUCUCUAUUUGGAGAAAUCAAUGACGGCAGUUGCACGGCACAGGCGUGA